UGUGAUGAAUGUGAUAUGAAAUAAUUUUAACUUCAUGGCUCUUUCGGUCCACCUUUAUCUCUCCCUGGCUCCAGAAAUCGUGUCUUUAAGAUAAGAACUUGCUUGUUGACCGAGUUUUUCCACUCCUGAUGGGGUUACAGCUCUGGCAAAAAAACAAAAAACUUGAUUUUAAGCUUUUAUUUUAUGGUACAGUGAUCCUAAUGUUACACUGCAAUCAGAAUCAGUUCAGCAAGAUAUAGGAGCUUGUUUUAAGUCAAUAAUUCCUUAAUAUUGUAAGUUAGUAUUGUCUUAUUUCAAGUGCAUUAAGAUAUGUGCACCAGAAACUAGGCCAAAAUUUUGUAAUUUUGCAGUAUGGAAAAACUUUUUUUUACUGUGCUUGUUUUUUGUGUGUGUUUAUUUUUUUAAUAUCAUUACAAUUCUUUGAAUUCCUCUAUAGAAGAGAUUGUCCCUUUUGUUUUGUGUUGAGUUGCCUGGUCGAUGUGUAAGGAAGGCCAUGCUUUCUUAGAGUGUCUGGAGAUCAUUCAGGUUUUGUCUUACAGGGGAAUUGAAAAGGCUGCCACACGAAUGAUUCAAUGUUUAUUCCAACAAAUGAGGGGAAGUAGAUGGCACUUCAGUUUGUCUUCAAAGUGGCGCAUCUCUAGCAGAUGCUACUUUCUAAUAUGACGUCCUCUUAAGUCAAUCUUUAUGUAACUCCACACCAUAUUACGAUAGGCUUCAGCAAUGUUUUUUUUUUAAACAUUCCUUCAUCACAGCGUAUAUUUUUAGGGAGUCUACAGAGCUGGGUGUUCCUCCUGGAUGUUGAUCUCAAACACAGAUUUAAGCUGAUUGUGCAAUGGAUAAAUUAUGCUAACAUUUAACUUCUCAUCUGUAUUGAAAAUGUAUUUCCCAUUCUUAAAAGCUGGGUUCAUAGCAGAAAAUUAAGCAGUUCUAUCAGUUGUGCUAUGAAGAGUGGUCAGAUAUUCAGCCAGGUAUUCUAGAAGAUUGGAAAGUAGUUAAAUGAUGAUUCAGGUACAGAUUUGAGCCUAUUUGUAUAAGAAAAUAUGCUUAUUCUUGUUUUAGAAAUGUAUUGAAGUUAUUGUUUCGUAGGAUUAUUCCGUCCGGAAAAACAGUGGUUCAAAAGCUAAUUAAAACCUUUUUUUAAUUCUUACAAAAUUAGUAAAAAUUUGUUUUUUUUUUAGUGAGUGUUUUUCUGGUUUUGGGUGGUCUGGUUUUGUGGGGGAAGGGAUAAAAGGAGACUCUCCCAAGGAGGCAUUUAUGCAAGAACUUCCACUGCCUCAAUUUUAAAUAUUCUCUCAUUUUAGUAUUGCAAAAUCUCAUCCCAGAAGAUCAUCCAAUUAUACAUAUUUUCAUUCCAGAUUGUGUAAUCCAGUCAGGUCUCCAAUUGAUUUUUGAAGCAGUGAAGGAGCUCACUUCAAAGCCUAAUCCACACUGUUAAAAAUUUUAUAUUUCUUAGCUUCUGAAGAAAUAUUUAGAUUUACAGUGCAUCUAGAAAGUAUUCUCAGCUUCUUACUUUUUUCACAUUUUGUUACAGCCUUGUCCCAAAUUCUAUGAAUUAAUCACUCUCCUCAAAAUUCUGUGUAUACUUUCCAGAGGUACUCUAUGAAAACCUGCCCUUAUACAUUUUACAACAGUAAAAAACUACAUGUAUGCCAUUUAAGACGGAAAGGAAAUUUGUUUUUGACACAUUGACAUAACCCAUAAAUGUUUGUUUAACCACAAAGCUAAAAUAAUGUAUAUUUUGCAUUAACUCUCAAUGGAUUUGUUAUUCUGCUUAUAAUCAAUUAAAUGUAAAACACUUUCUUACAUUUCAAAGAAGAGUAAAUCACUAAAAUCUGCUUUUGUUUGACAUUUUAGUAUAUUUUGAUCAUUAAUAACCUUUCUCAUCAGAAUGGCUGUGACCCUUAUCUUAAGUAAAGAAAUCUCACUCAUCUAAGUGUGAAGUGAUCUUUGAUAUGUUCUCAUGAUGACGUAAUACUUCUGGGUUUACCUCACGUACACUUAAAAAGGAAAAAAAAAAGGCGCAAGUCGUCCAAAGUCCUUAUUCAUGUCAGAUAAAUAAGAGCGAGGGCACAACAUGGACUGACCCUCCUGUUCCUGUCAGACUUGUUUGAUUCCUGCAGCAGAGUCACAUGCUGACGUUGGACCCUUGGUGCUGCCAGGCGCUGUGAGGGAGCAGGGGGAGUUAAUGAUUAGGCUUUGUUUAUGAUUAGUGGCCGUUGCGCAAAAAAAAAGAAAAAAAUCUCUUUGUGGUUCUGUUUCAGUGGGAGGGUUGGAGGCUAUGACUGAGCACAGGCUUUCCGUUAGUUGUUGCUCCAGAUCAAAGUACAACGACAUGAACGCGAGGCCUUUGACAGCUGACAGCUCCCCCAAAUACACAGGCCGAUAAAUGCAGGAGUUUAGUAGAAUGAUGCACUGAGGUUGGGAUUUUGUCUUUAACGAUGGAUUGGAAAACUACAUCCGUGUUCUUUAGACAUCAAGGGGCUUCUGAAAGGAAUUUGGGGAUUUUGCCUUGAGGAGCACCGGUUACCCAGUUUGGCAAUGGUGCUGGUACUAUGUGUGCCAUUCCAGUGUAUAUGCCGAGUCCCGGACCCAGACCGGGAAAAGCCAGAGGUGAAAUCCCACCUUCAAGAACAAGAGUCAAUUCUCCUAACAGAGAAAGUCCCCCCAGCAGGCAGCAGCCCACCUCCUGACCCACCAGCAUGCCUCUCCAACUCACCCGUAUUGCCCACACCUCCCACAGACGGAGCUGCAGCUUCCACAGAAACCACCUCCGUCAAGCCCAGACAGAGGAGCGGGCGGCCUAGACCUCGGCCAAUCUCCGACUACGCCCAGCUCGUUUCCAGGAAGCACUGCAUCCCCGAGGAAGUAACGGAGACAAACUACGAGGAAAGGACAUCAGAUGCGCAGCAGCAGGAAAACUGCAGCUCCAAUGGGAACGGCAGCAACCCUGACAACUGUAGCCUUAACGGGGAGGUUCAGAGACAUCGGCCCGUCUCGGUGAUCGGGGCCGUGGAUCUGUACGCUACAGAUACUGAGCUCAAGGAGGAUCACCUACCUUCUCCUUUGUCACGACCACCAAUCCCCUCCCACAAGGUGCCCCCCUACAGAGGAGUGUCUGCCAGGUUACGACCCUGCGCUCUCUCCCAGAGCACCCCGAUCGGACUGGACCGCGUGGGGCGGCGCAAACUCCACCGAGUGCUCAGCGCUGGUGUGUCUGAGUGUUCGGCGACGCUGGAUGACAGCGUGAGCGAGGAGGAGGAGGAGGAGAGCAGCUUCGAGGAGCUUGCUGAUGGAACGCCCUACCUCCAGCCCGGGGUGGAGCUCUCCGUGCUCAACGAGUGGAUAAUCUCGGGCCAUGCCGUGUACGCCGAGGCUCUCUGGGACCAUGUGACCAUGGAGGAGCAGGAGCUGGCCUUCAAGGCCGGCGAUGUGAUCCGCCUCCUGGACGCCUCCCACAAGGACUGGUGGUGGGGCAGAGGAGGCGACAGGGAGGCCUGGUUCCCGUCCAGCUUUGUGAGGGUCCGUGUGAACCAGGAGGACUCGAGCACUGAGAGUGUGGAGAGUGUGGCGGACCAGGAAGAUCCGGCCCCCAGGGAUAAACCCAGCACUCAGCACAGGGAGCAGAUGAGAACCAACGUGGUUCAGGAAAUCAUGAACACUGAACGCAUCUACAUCAAACACUUAAAAGACAUCUGUGAGGGUUACAUUCGUCAGUGCCGGAAAAACUCCAGCAUGUUCACAGAGCUGCAGCUGAAGACAAUUUUCAGCAACAUAGAAGACAUCUACAGAUUCCAGAGGCAGUUCGUCAGAGAACUGGAGAAGAAGUACAACAAGGAAGAACCGCAUCUCAGUGAAAUCGGCUCCUGCUUCCUCAUGCAGGGCGAGGGAUUUUCGAUCUACUCCGAGUAUUGCAACACUCAUCCUGCUGCCUGUGCUGAGCUGCAGCGUCUCAUGAAGAUGGGCAAAUAUAAACAUUUCUUUGAGGCCUGUCGCCUCCUCCAGCAGAUGAUUGACAUUUCCAUCGCUGGUUUCUUGCUCACGCCUGUCCAGAAGAUCUGUAAAUACCCGCUGCAGCUGGGGGAGCUGCUCAAGUACACACCCAAAGACCACAGGGACCACACUGGUGUCAGCCAAGCGUACGAGGCUAUGAAGAAAGUGGCCAGUUUAAUCAAUGAGAGGAAGCGGCGGCUGGAGAGCAUCGACACCAUCGCACACUGGCAGGUCGCCAUUCUGCACUGGGAGGGCCCUGAUGUGCUAGAGCGCAGCUCGGAGCUGAUCCACUCCGGCGAGCUGACCCGCGCCGUCCGGCAGGGUAAGCCGCAGCAGCGCAGCUUCUUCCUGUUCGACCACCAGCUUGUCUACUGCAAAAAGGACGUCCUGCGCAGAGACCUGCUGCACUACCGAGGACGUCUGGACAUGGACAAGAUCGAAGUGGUGGACGUCGCCGAUGGGCGGGACUCAGACCUGGGCCUGACCCUGAAAAAUGCCCUGCGGCUGCGGCACGCCUCCACCCUGGAGUUCAUGUGCAUGCUGUGCUGCAGGAAGGUGGAGGACAAACAGAGGUGGCUGGAGGCCUUUGCCAAGGAGAGACAGAGGGUGAAGGAGGACGAGGAGAUGGGAAUAGACAUCAGCGAUGAACAAAGAAAACAGGCCAUUGCUAAUGCCAGAAGACCAAAGCAUGGGAAGAUCAAAACCGUUGGCUAUGCCGACUCUGUCCCGCCACACCAAAACCUGCCCCCCCUUCAGCAGCGCCACAUCACCAUUCCCACCAGCGUGCCUCAGCAGCAGGUGUUUUCUCUGGCCGAGCCCCCCAGACGAAAGCCUUACCACCUGCUGUACAGCAUCACUCGCAGCGCCUUCUUCAAGAAAUGAGGCUCUUUGGCGUUUGUUCCUUCCGCUAAACCGUCCCAAAAACUCAACGAACACUAUUUUUUUUCUAAUUUGUGUCAAGUGUUGUCUUAGUGCCUGUUUUUCCUAAUGUGUUUGUUUUUAUUGCUGAGUGCCUAAAAUUUAAAGAGGCAUCAUAAAAGUGUUAAAACUCUGUCUGUCCUCGUGUUUUUGUUUUUUGUUAAAAAUGCUGCUUUUUCAAAAAAAACACCCAUCCUGUUGUUUUAAUAAUUCCAGCUCACAGAUAUAUAUUCUUAAUUAAUGACGUUUUGUCUGCUUUUAUUUCCAGAAACAAGGUUUUAGUUUGUUGCACAAAGGCUGGGACAUUUUUUUCUUUUGCCGAGUUUGUCAACUCUGAGCACAGGAGGAUAAAUGAACUCCUCACAUUCAUAUAACUGUGUAAUAUUGUAAAUAAAAACUGAUGUACAAACAUA